AUGUCUUCAAUCAGAACACAGAUCAACCGAGACCAUUAUAAAUACAGCUUGGAAGACAUUCGCGCAGAUAUCAAGAAAGACUUGAUAGCUGCCGUCGGAGAGUUUCUAGGGACCCUUACCUUCUUACUUAUCGGUCUUGGUGGUAUUCAAGCAGCCGCCACCUCAAACGCCGCUUUCACCAAACGUUCAUCUUCAAAUGUUAACGAAGCUGGGAGUUCGACCACCGCCGUACCAAGUAUCGAGCAAUUAAGUUACAUCUCGCUUUCGAUGGGUUUGAGCCUGGUAUUUUCUGCGUGGAUCUUCUAUCGAGCAACUGGUGCUGCAUUCAACCCGUUUGAGAAUGUAUCGUUUGCAUUGCUUCUCAUUGGCGCUAUCAAGCCUGUCAGAUUUGUUCUCUAUGUAAUCGCUCAAUUUGCAGGUUCCAUCGUUGCGAGUGGGUUACUUAAGGCCUUAGUACCUGGUCCACUGACCAUCACCCCCGCCCUAGGAGCCGGCGCGACCAAGGCCCAAGGUGUAUUCAUUGAAGCCUUAGUUACUUGCGCCUUAGUAUUGUGCGUGUUAUUCUUAGCCGUCGAAAAACACAAAUCGACGUUUUUGGCUCCUGUUGGGAUCGGCCUGACCUUGCUUGCCGGUCAUUUAUUUGCGGUUGUAUUUACUGGAGCAUCCAUGAACACGGCCAGGGCAUUUGGACCCGCUGUGUUUACAGGAUUUGAAAGUGAUCAUUGGGUUUAUUGGGCAGGGCCAACGAUUGGUUCGAUAUUUGCAGUGAUAAUCUAUCUGACACUCAAAUGGCACAAAUACUGGCUUCUGAACGAAGGCCAAGACACAGACGAAGCCUGCAAAUCGCCGGCGUUAUUCUGUGAAGAAAAGACGCCCAAUGGGCUCCCGACUUCUCGUCAGAACCGCUGGCCCAGCUUCGGGCAAGUCAGCGAACACCGUGUCGGCUUCGAAAGCCCGGGCGGUCGCACAAAGUUCUCUAGCUUCAGCUCCCAAAGAUCUCCUCCCGCCCCAAGUCUUUAUGAAGGCACCCGUCCUGCUUGA